AUGGAUAAGGAUAAAGCAGAAGGCGAGAAGUAUGAUCGAAAAACUUUGACUUUGUGGGGAGACUUAGCUGAAAUUGAGGGGGAAUUGUUAGAGAGCAUUGAAAAUUCCAAGCCAGUAAUAGCCUUCUGUGAUGUUAAAAGCCUACUUACCCAGGGGGAUGAGAAGAUUGCUAAGAAAGCUGUUAAAUAUUUUCAAUCUCUUUUCAACCUUACUCCUCCGACUAUCAACAUUUUUAUACUAGAUUGCAUCCCAUCUUGCAUCUCUAGGGAAGACAAUGAUAUGCUGAACAAGAUUCCAAUUGAAAAAGAAAUCAAAGAUUUUAUUUUUAGCCUGAGCCCUCACAGCACUGCAGGUCCAGAUGGCUUCAAUGGUACCUUCUUUCAGAGUUGCUGGGACAUCAUCCAAAAGGAGGUAACUGCCUUUGUGAUAGAAUUCUUUACAGGAAAAGGUUUGACUAAAUUAUACUCUCAUACAUGUUUGGUUUUAAUUCUUAAAAUUGAUAAUCCUGCUACUUUUGCUGAUUUUAGACCAAUCAGCCUCUCAAACUUUACUAAAAAGAUUAUUUAUAAAAUCAUUUCUAUUGGAGUUAAUACUCUUUUCCACAAAUUAGUAUCUUUGAUUCAAAAUGGUUUUGUAAAAGAUAGGUUGAUAUCAGAGAAUGUAUUGCUUGCUCAGGAGAUCAUUCACAAUAUUCCUCAAAUUAACAAAGAUGGUAAUGUGGUUAUUAAGCUUGAUAUGGCUAAAACAUAUGAUAGCAUGUCCUGGGAUUUUAUUUAUGAUGUUUUAAGAAAGUUUGAAUUCUCUGAUAGUUGGAUUUUAAUAAUCCAUAAUCUAUUCUCUAAUGUGUGGUAUUCUAUCAUUGUGAAUGAUACUAGACAGGGCUUCUUCUCAUCUUCUCGAGAGCUUAAACAAGGAGAUCCAUUAUCUCCAUCUCUAUUCAUAAUAGUUGUUGAGGUCUUGUCUAGAUCUCUUAACUGUUUAUAUAGAAACCCUAAUUUCAUCCCUUUCUCUAAUCAUGCUAAUGUUCCUAAGAUUAACCACUUAGCCUAUGCUUAUGAUAUUAUUAUUUUCUGUAGUAGUGACUCUAUCUCUGUUAAAUUGAUCAUGAACACUAUCUCUAAGUAUGAAAGGAGUUCUGCUCAACUUGUUAAUGGAGAUAAAAUUUAUUUCUUAACUGCUCCUAAUACUGCUGCUAUCAGAAUCAACAUGAUUAGAAAUUGUUUAGGUUUUAUGGAUAAGACUUUCACUUUUAGCUAUCUAGGUUGCCCUCUUUAUGUGAGAAGGAAGAAAAUUGAUUAUUUUGACAGCAUGCUUAGUAAUAUUGUUAAAAGACUUAAUGGCUGGCAGGGCCUGCUUGGUCUGUUUCGACCUGGGCUCGGCCUUCGUGAGGUUGAGAUUGCAGACUCUGUGUUCUUUGUCUUAAAACAUGUGUAUUGGUUGUGUACCUGGUAUGGAGAACAAAAGAUGAAAGGAAUGAUCAGCUGGGUAGUAUGCAAUAAACACAGCAAUAGCAGAUACACAGCAACAACACAACAACAAACCAACAACCACAAGUGUUUUCCACAAUCCACAGACAACCAGCAACAGUUUCCAGGACAAAGAAAACCAACAGAUGGUCGAGCACCAAACAAGCAAUCCCAGAAAAGAGUAGUGAAACAACAGAAAUAA